AUGUCACACGUUCAACCAUCUUACCGAUCUUCAGUUGCCAAAGAUGUCUAUUGGCAGGACGGGGAGAACGGAAAAAAGAUUACUUCUGUCUCCGCGUCCAACGUCAGCUCCAGCCAGUUGAAGUUGUAUCUGGACCAGUACUACCCAGAGCGAUACUCUGUGCAGCUUAAGAGAGAUAUUUUCCGGAUUACGAUAAUCGGCGAGGCAUAA